UCGGAUCGGAACCGAGGUGCCGAGUAGCUGCAUCGUUUCGUCCGCAGGUAAAACAAAAACGGGUUCCAGCGGGCCAGUGUGUGCUACCGACCGAUCAAUUACGCGCCGGAUUCGCUCUCCCGUGACGUCGCGUCGUCUAAAAUCACUCACGCGCGGGCGAGUCGACUCGUCCGCGGUGCAUCUGUUACGUACCUACGUAUCCAAUCCAAUCCAAUGCAAAGCCAGUAAGCUAUUGCGUGUCACCCGAUGCGUUUGGGGACUUAACCAGCCAGCGCCGCCCCAUCGUGUAAUGAAUGACUUUGGUUCCAUUCGACGUACGUACGGUUUUAUAAGCAUUUGCAUAUCGCGCGAACCUCGGUCCCCCGGGAGCUGGUGCGAUUGCUCGCUUUAGCUGUUCCUGUGUUGGAGUAAUAUCGGGGAGAAAUGGGGGGCUUGCUAUAGUUACGGGCUGGAGUAAACAACAAGCAGUGUUUCUUUGUGACAAACUUAAUACAUGGUUGUUAAUCGAAGAGAAUUUCAUUCAAAUUAGAAGAAGUGCAAGGAAGGGCAGUGGAGACGCGAAUCGGUUGGGUUCGUAGUUCGUUCCAGUUUCGCUUUGAACUUGUGCAAAACAAAAAAAAUAGGCAGAAAAUCAAAUUAGGGCGUGCGACAAAGCCAUUUAAAACGACCCGUGCUUGCGUGCGUGCGUGCGUGACCGAAAAUAGCAAACUGCGUUAUUUUCCUCCAGAAUAUUUUUUCCUGCCGGAGAAUAACAGAAUCGAUUCAACCGAUGGAGCAAAGCUUGCAGCUGAAAUCAAGCAAUUUGCAUCCAAUCAGUACAAAUCAGCAGCAAGCUGCUCAUCCGCCGCGAAGAAACGGAACGCUAUAAUUCCUCUCAGUUGGGAAAAAUCUACAUAGGCAGAAGUGCUAAUUGCCAUCCGCUUUUAGCUGCACGGAAUCGACGGGGAUACGGAGACCACGUGGCACCACUAGCCAGCCACCAAUAUCCAGCGCACCCCCGGCCCCCCGGUUUACUGGGCGAACCGACCCAUCUGUUCGAACAGCAUAUCCUCGCUUCCCGCAGCCAGCGUCGUCCAGCGUCGGCAGGAAUAAUGCGGAGGUACUAUGGCAGUAAUUGCGCCCAGUUUAUAUGCUGCCAUCGUGACCUGUCUGGGAUUUGCGUGCUUUGCGCUCAGUGCCACCGCCGUCGGUCUGCCGGAGUGGGCACGCUUUCGAAGCUACGGCGGCUUCGAUGAUCAGGGGUACUUUGGACCGUGGAAGCUUUGCCGUCAGCUGACGUACAGCUAUCGGGAAAAAUGUGGUCCCGAGGUGUCACACUUUAGGCCAUCAUAUGCCAUUUUUGCGUCCGGUCUGCUGGCCACGUUCGCCUGCAUAGCAUUCGGGUUGUACUGUGUGCUGUGCAUUCUGCAGAUUGCGAUGAUCUCUUCCCGGGAGAAGGUGGUUCUGCGCUACUCUAGUCUAGUCGUUUUGAAGCUUUUGCUGGCCGUGGUGGGCGCUGCGCUGGCCCUGAUCGGCAUCAUUCUGUUCGCUGUGACGGCCGACACGGGCCGCGGUCAGUUCGAGGUAUCCCGUGGGGCGUCCUUCUACCUGCAGCUGGUGGUCGUGAGUCUCUCCCUGCUGCUGGUCAUUCUGGCAGUGUACGAUAUCAUUCUGGCACGAAAACCGGACGGCGAUCCAACGUUGCUUCCGACGGUUUCCGCUUAUGGCGGAAGCGGGAGAUCCACGCCGACUACGGUUGUGAAUCCCGGCUACAGGGACACCCCGCGGGGCAGAAACAGUCGAGUUGGAAUAUCGGUAACGGAUUCGUCCGGUCGGCCGUACACCGGUAGCAGCGCUACCGUCAGCGGUAGUGUUCAAUCGAUGAACACCACCCUGACAUCGAUGUCCAGUUCGACUGUCAGCACCAAUCGGACCCCGCUGCGGUCCAGCCUGAAGAAACCCCGACCGCCGGAGGGCAGUACCGAUGCACUGGGGAUUCAAAACCCGGGCUUCGGUCAGUCUCCUCGCCUGGCUCGGAGCGGCAGUGUGAAAAAAGUGCGCAUUCAAACGCACGAUACGGAAGUUUGACGAGACGCCGACGGGAGGAAGCGUGAGUAGCGUGACAGAAUGUGUUUCAUAUAGGAUUUAGGUUUUUUUCCCCUGUCGAUUCAUACGUCCAUUUGUAUUCACGGUUAGAUUUAAUCAUCGGCAACGACUGCACACUAGUAGCUAAAAUCAUCGAUCGUAUUAAUAAUAAUACACGAUCCGAUCUGUAAACUAGAUCUAGACGUAGGAAAGUGCAUUUAGGAGUGGUUUUAAAUUUUCUUUUCUAAUAUGGUUGGAGAGGAGAUGAAUAGAUUUCAUUGGUGGGUAACAACUGUCUGUACGGUAGUCGGCUGUUAGCCAGCAUGAUUUGUCACUCAACUGAAGGCCAUCAUACGGUAUGAAAAUAAUUGAUUUCAGCAGUUCACACUUUGGAGUAAUCACUAUUUACGUUGAUUUGAUUCUUUAUUUCGGACGCUUUCAGCCUGCGGCUGAUUCGCCUCUAUAUAAAAGUUGAAACUAGAAUUUAUCGAAGAGACUGUAAUCUUUGAGGAAGAGUAGGAUCGUCACUCAAACUCCCCGACAGAACGUAAUUAUAUGUUUCAAAGUUAGCGUAACACUGCAUAUUAAGUAGGUCUUCUUGAAUUCUCUGGUGCCUCUCAGAUUGGGCGUUAUUCCUGUGUGUCCGUUUCUCAUCCUGAAUCUUACUUUCUUUCCAGUUCCUUUUUGUCAGUCCGGAGGGUAGCAGUAUUCUUUAUUGUUCGUAAGAAUAUACAGUCGUAUCCGUGCCAUCUUUCUUCCCAUGCUUGUCUCAUUUUACUUUUUGACGUUUAUGGAAGUCACUUUUUUGUGUUCAGAAUUCCUUUUCGUCCGAGUCCGGCAAGUCUGUUAGCAGCUUCACUGCCAAGAAUGCCAUAACGCCCCAGAGCCCAGAUGAAAACCUGUGCUGGUGUUCUUUUGGAAGGGAGGUUUUUUCAGUAUCGAAUAUCCCACCUCGUCGUUUCCUGUAGAUUUCCCCUUGGUUUUGCAGAGGGCGAGGCUGAGCUCGACCGUGGAGAAGGAGGUAUUAUCGUAUUCAUUCUGCUCAGUUUCCGGAAGGGCGGUAUUAUGGAUUGAUUAAUUUAAAACGUUGUUUUUUGACAAAGUCUAGAGGGCUGUUGUCGAUCGAUGACAUGUCUGCGAAAUAACUAGCGAGUGGCAUUUGCCAUCGUGUUUGUGUCGCGCGUAAACUGGCCUUGAGUUUGGAAGGUAAUCCCCGUGGUUCGCCGCUUGUCAUUCAUGCAGUUGACUCGGGACUAAACCUCAGCUGAAAUCGGCUACUCAGUCAUGCCAUUCAGUAUAUUCUUCCAUGAUUGCCACUUCGCAUUCCGGAUAACUUGUGGACAUUCCUUUCAUAGGAUACGAUAUCGUUUCAUGGGUCCUGUGCUGCCAGUCAUUUGGCGGCCCGGAGAGCUUUCCACCUAGCUUUCACCGCUACUUUGCCUUCGGGGACCACCACUGUACAGUCUUCUUGCCUAACCUUGAACAUGAUUCGUAAAAUCCUGAACGUUAUUAGAGCGGCGUCUUCGGAUUGUGAUAGACAAGUGAGUGUUGAAGAGGCUCCAAUGUGUCUGCUCGAACAACUACCGCGGUCGUUUGGUAAUGGUGCCUGGUUCGUUGUUGGAGUGAUGUGUGUGGUCACUUCCCACCGGGUCGUCGUUGAUGUUCCAACCCAAUUUUGGUAGCACUUGUUCGCUGGCCAACGCUGGAUAUGUCGAUCGCAAACUGGAUGUUUCUUCGGAAGAAGACAAGAGAUUCAGCAUUUAAUCUCGUGGGCUUCCUCAAUGACGUCUACAACGAUGGAUCCUCGAUUAUUCGCUUUUCUGGUUCCCCAUGCUAGAUGGUGGCUGCUGAAAUCUCCGGGAUCUAUCGGAUCGCCUCUCUCAGUUCCGUCUUGAGGCCUGUAAUAUCCUGAUAUGGCAGGUAUACGUGGGACUACCACCGGCAAAUAUUACUUCGAGAGAAGAAUGUGCCUUUGCACUUCAUCGUUACCUAUCGAAACGUGAACUGAUCCAAAGAUGGCGACCAACAUGACUUCCAUCCUUUCACAGCCCCUCUCGUAGGGUUUCUAUCCAACCUCGCUGCUGCUCCAUUCUGCUGGUUGCCCUGCUUCCAUUAUACCUGUCGAGACGUGAACCGAUCCAGAGACGGCGAUCAACAUAACGUCCAUCCUUUCACGGCCACCCUCCCAGGGUUUCUAUCCAAGCCUGGUGCUGCUCAGGCGUUGGUAGUUCGCUGAUCAUUUUUCCAUCUUUGUUGUAGUUGCCAAACAAUCUGUGCUACAACCAGUGCUGUUAAUAUUCAUCAGCAUAGCGUUCAAACUUCUGGAUUAUCAGUCUACCUUGCAUUGAAAAUCUGCUUGCUUUGAUCAAACGUACAUAAUAACUAAAUGCAGCAAGCAUGAACUUCAUGCACGAGAAUAUACAAUAUCAGCGCCCUGUGAUAUUGUAACAAACUGAUAUUCACGUUUGAGCAGUGAAAAUCAAUAAAAAAAAUUUAUGUUGUUAUUUAGCAUUGCGUUCAGCUGUUGGACAUAAGAUUUUUCUUUUCAUUUACUGCAUUUAAAAUUGUUUUUUUCCUGAAGUGAAUAUCACCUUGUGGAUUUGAAAAUCACUUUCUCCUGUUCUACUUUCACGAUAUAUUGAACUUGUAUACUACGAUGAAAAUCACUGUGCAGUUGUACAUACGAAACUCAGAGGCAUAAAAAACAAUGUGUGCUAAGAAAAAAGAUUUUCUGUUUUGUUUGAAAUUCGGUGAUAAUUAAAGGCCCUGGCUACAACUACAACGCUAUUGACGGUAUUCCAGGUAUUCUCUCGACACAUUUCCUCCACUAUGUUGUCCACACUCAGGAAUGGUAACUCGCGUCGCACCGCGGUAAAAUCUUGAACAAUCAAAGAUCACGUACUGUGGGGUUUCUACCGUGCCUCUGCAUACCGGACUAACUGGAGUCGCAGCGUGCCCGAACUGGUGCAGAUAUUGCCUGAAAUCACCAUGACCCGACAGGAACUAGGUCAGAUAACAACUGACUUCUUGCUGCUCUGCUUGCUAAUACUAGGCCCGUAGAUAUUCGGCAUGAAUCUGCCUAUCGCGCUGAUGGCCUUCGCCGCUUUCCCAUAGGCGACUUUUGAAGUUCAACCGGUUGUCUAUUAUUACUCUCAGGUACUUGACAGCACCCAUUGAGGUAAUUGCUAUCCAAUGGUGAUAACAGCCCGCUGUACUGCUUUACAGUUACAGACCAGCUGGACCUUCGUUUUGUGGUGAGCAAUUAGUUUUUGAUCUUUCCAACUGUCUCUGACACCAACAUUUCCACCUCUUCCAGUGACUCGCCGAUCACCGAUAACACAAUGUCGUCCGCAAAGCCGACGAUCACCGUACCUCUGGGCAGCUUCAAAGUUAGUAGACCAUUGUACAUCCCGUUUCAGAGGAUGGAGCCUUGCGGAACUCCCGACGUAAUGUUCGUCUUCUUACUCCCCUUGGCGGUCUCGUAGACAAGCUUCCGGUUCCGGAAGUAACGCUUCAGAAUUCUGCAUAGAUAUAGCGGGAUUCGACCAUCUUCUAGGCAUUUUUGCAUCACUGUCCUGAGCAUGCCCGGGAAUGCCUGUAUUGCAGCCUUCAAAGUGACGUUAGGGAUUCCAUCCGACCCGGAUGCCUUCUUGAUUUUUAGCUGUCUAGCCACUGCUAAUAGUUCCUCGUUGGAGACUUGCAGACCGUCAGCAUUGUACCUCUCUUCUACACUGCGCGGCGUUGGUGGCCAUAUCGUAUGCUCGUGCGUCGGGAAGUCCCUCCACGAUAGCCUUCGGCUUGAAAACAUCUCCCUGGUUGUCUCAGGACCUUUGACUUUUGCCAUCGCGAUACGAUACACGUCACCCUAGCGGUUGACGUCAGCUUCCGUUGCAGUUCUGGCUCACUGGACGCAUCUUCUGGCUCUAAAGCAACUGGCAUGAAGGUUGCUAAGCGUCUUAUUUCACCAGUAAGCUAAGCGCCGGGCAUUUCUCGGCUCCAGUCGCUUGUAGAAUGGUCAUUCUCGCCACAUUUCCGGCAUGAUUUCGACCUAUCCAGACCUUUGCAGGUUUUUGCUUGAUGUCCGAAGCCCAAGCACUUGAAGCAACGUUCUAUUUGCUUGGCCACGCAAGAGAUGACUUUCAAAAGGCACACAGACCACCCAACCCCAAUUUUGCACUUCUUUAGUAGUUUGGGCGCUGCUACCGCGCUGAAAGGCGAAUCGCUGCCGUUCCGCCAUAGGCUUUCCUCAGCCGGACUACCAUCGAUACGACGCUAAGUUCGCACUGUGCCUUCAGGGCAGUUCUCAGUUGCUGCUCUGUUGUGACCACGUCCAGAUCCCUGCACUCGAUCGUGGUUUUUUGGGAGAGCACUUUCACGCUCGCUUCAUUCCCCAACGUUUUGGCAACAAGCUUCUUGAAGACUGCACUCUUGACGAUGGAUCUUAUUGCAGCUCGAAAAUCAUCUCUCCCUUUUAGGACUGUCUGGUCCUCAUUACUUUUUCACCAAGCUCCUUCAACUCCGGAGCUUCUUGUACUUUUCGAAGGAUCGCUUCGUACGAAAUGUUGGCGCUGGGUUCGUGCGUGUGUGUACCUGGUACCUGGCGGUGCACUUCCUGUAGUGCGAAGAUCAGUAGCGAUUUGUCACGGAUUAGGAUUUUUGGAUCAUUUAGAUUGUGGAAACGGUAUCCGUCUUGUCCGAACAUUUAGCUUCUUUGCUUUUCCGCAGCGAACAGGUCGGGUAUCCAGACGGCCACAAUUUCACCUCCGAUUCCGCUCUUUUUGUAACUUCCGGUACAGUAGAGCUUUGAUGCCCCUGGUGCCCUGAGCUUUCUGGAUUCUCCUCCAGAGGAUGGGCAAUAACGAUCUUGUACUUGCUGGCUCCUCUUUUAUACUCCUUCAUCGGGGAACGGGUGGUCGCGGCUUGGCCAAUGAUUCUGGUCUUCUUGUAGCUUCCGAUACGGUGGGGCUCCGACUACCCUGGGUAUUGUUGCCUGCUUCGGCGUGCAUCGGAAACUUACCAGUGGAUGCUUUUUCAACUUCGUUUCUAUUAACCUUUUCCGCUCCUUUUGCGAUAGUAUUUGUAGAGCUUUCUGACCGGUGAUCGAUCUGUUCCUCCAUGUAUAGCCCUCCGGAGAUAGGUCGUGGGAAGUUCACCGUCCAGUCCAGUUCGAGGUACGAUGCUAGUCGUAGUACGUUUGAAUCUCGGCUGGGCGGUGCUUGCCAGAUAGAGUCAGUAGGACCAUUCACUAGCUUCGUAAUUGUCUUGUACUCUAACAGCCGGCUGCGAAGUCUGUCGAUUAAGAAAGGUUUAGAUAGGCAACCAUCUCCAUCUUUCCUGCUGUUUUCCACAUCGUGAUGUUAGAGUGACUAUAUACAGAGUGGCGACAAUGUCAAAAUUGGAAUGAUAAUUAUCUGUCAGUGUCAUUCCAAUCGAGCAGACGACCUAUCCAACGCGUAUGCAGGAAAGAGAAAGAAAAACCUUGGAAAAGCCGCAUUGCAUACAUUUGGGAUGACUUGGCGCCACUCUGUAUAUAGUCACUCUACGUGAUGUAUGUAGCAGCGGAGUGUUCUUUGUUGCUUGUUUGUUGUUGUGAUAGAUUGUACUCUUGCAGGCGUGUGAUGAAAGUUGGUUGGACGUUGGACCUCUCGUGUGUCGUCUUAUUUGUCGAAUAGUGGUUGUUUCGAUGUGAUCUGUUCCAUUGGACAGAUUGCUGGGGGUCUAAGAGAAUCUUCUUUAUCAGCGUUGGAAUGUUUCUGCGUCUUUUGUGCCGUUUUUCUGUACCACCCCUGUUCGGUGGCUCGUUGAUAGCUUUUGUUCCAGUAUCUGAAUCCUCGUCUUUUUCUACCAUCAUCUUCGUGAUUUCGUCUUUUCUUUUUUUCAUAAACGAGUACGAGUGUACGAGUGUUGCGUCUAGCCUCGCGUAACCGUUUUGCAUUUGGGGAGGAUACGCCUUGAUUGAUCCGAGUGUGUUGCAUCUUCUCUGACUUUCUCUGAAAUGACGUGGCUGCUGUCGCUGUAACUGUAACGGCUUUAAUAUUUAUGCGUUCCGUCAUAAUUUACAAUACUGACAAACUCUCUGACCAAAGCACUCUCUGAUUUAGAAGCAAUGGUAAUUGACAUUUGAUAAAUGGUCUGUUGACUGCGUCCCCGCCAACUACGAUUGUAAUAAUUGCAUCAAACACGUUUUCAAAGAAUUUUGUUCAAAGGUGAAGUAAGAACGCAAUUAUUUUUAAAAUUUCAGCUUUUCGUGAGGCUUUUUUUCAUUCACAAUGAGAUAUAUUUGAACGAAAGAGCAAAUUUUGCAAUGUUCUCAUCGUUCGCUUAGCAGAACUUAUCGCUUAUCGUCAAAUUUCUCGAUGAUUUUUGUUUGUUUGUUAUGAAACGACAAUAAUCGACGAUUUAAAAAAAACCGUAGUUUACAUUGCAUAGAGAAAAUUUGACAAAACAUCUCUAGUUCCGUCCUUAAAUUAAUUAUAAUUUGUUUUAUCGGUUUAUUGCUACUGUGUAUAUAUCAACUUCUAUCGUCUAGAUCUAGGGCAAGGCACUCUAAAGGAGCUGCUUUUAAUGCUAAAGCAAAUUUUGUAUCGUAACGAAAUCGUACUAGAAUAUAUAUUUUUUGUUCGUUUUUUAUAUAUAACAGUAUAAUAGUUACAGCGAAGCUAUUGAUAGAAACCAUGUUGUACAAAUUUGAGCAACUUACAAAGAAUUCUAUGGGUAUUAAACAGUAACAGUAACUGGUAACUGUAAGCGUCAUGCACUGUAACUUAUUUAUAACAAAGAUAAAACUUUUUUCUUUUUUUUUUCUUCUAUCGACACAGUCUUCCUUUUUCGCUAAAGUAGGUUGAUUUUUUAUUUUUUUCUGCUCACAUUGUUGCGCAAAAAGGGUUACAUUUAAAGCAAGCAGAAAAUUGAAUUUGCUCACUACCUAAAAGCAUCAACGCACAGAUUUUAAAACACACACAUGCAGUUCUUUGAGAACGCAUUUAGUUCGUCGAAUAGCUUUGACUCUUUGAGUGAUUAGUUGAUUUCUCUAGAAAAUUAUAUCGAUUUUUUUAAACGAUUAUUGUCCGGUACCUUGUUAAUUAGUUUUAGUUCGAAGCAUCUGCUGGUAGAGUAUUUCAUUGUUCUAUAUAACAAAAAUGGUUGUCGUUUGUGAAUUUGUUUUUUUUUUCGUAGUACAAAUAAUCUGCUAAACCAAAAUUUCCAUGAACCAACAACUUAACCAGAUAAUCACAUCUUCAACGAAAAACAAAUUAACCCCCUAUUUGUUGGGUUGCCAAAGGGGAACUCCCUCUGACACCACUUGCGCCAUCUGGAGUGGAGUAGUUUAGUCGAAAAAAUAUACAUUAAAAACGAAUCAAAGCAAAUGGGGUCUCCAGUUCUACUUCUUACAUAUAUUUAUAAGAUUCAAAGCACUACAUUCACUGUUUAAAUAUUAAUACUGAACAUUGAACGUAUUUACUUUAAAAUAAAGCAGCAGCAGUUCACUUUUUACUAGUAGAGAUACCCCAGAAAAAAAACGAUCAGCAUUUUGUAGUUCUUAUCGCAUGUUUGCUAAACUAAAUUGGAAUAUCGAAUGUGCAAACUCCCCAGUGGAGGCAGAACAUCAUCUUCAACGUGCACGCCACAGUCGAUAUUCUGCAAUCGGUUUCCGUCCAUAACAAGACUACCUUCAAUCAUCAUUACAAACAAGUAGUAACAGAAAAAAAAACUGAAUUUAUAUUUACUGUAGACAUGAACUGUGAUUAUCUGCUAAUAAAUAAAUCGGCCUCCAACCCGA